GUACCCUCAAAUACUUCCUUUUAAGACUGCCGAGGAAAAACAUUUGUCACACGAUUUCACAAAUCUCUUGAAAGAUGCCACAGAAUGAACACAUUGAGCUUCAUAGGAAGCGCCAUGGAUACAGACUUGAUUAUCAUGAGAAAAAGAGAAAGAAAGAGGGAAGAAAGGCCCAUGAGAUGGCAGAGAAAGCCAAAAAGCUUAGGGGAAUAAGGGCCAAAUUGUACAAUAAGAAACGACAUGCAGAGAAGGUUCAAAUGAAGAAAACAAUAAAGAUGCAUGAAGAAAGAAAAACAAAACAGAAGAAUAAUGAUGAAGUACCAGAGGGAGCAGUUCCAGCAUACUUACUUGACAGAGAGGGCCAAAGUAGAGCUAAAGUCUUGUCCAACAUGAUUAAACAGAAAAGAAAGGAGAAAGCUGGUAAAUGGGAGGUUCCUUUGCCAAAAGUAAGAGGCAUGAGUGAGGCAGAGGUGUUCAAAGUCAUCAAGAGUGGCAAAACAAAACGUAAAGGAUGGAAAAGAAUGGUCACCAAAGUGUGUUAUGUGGGAGAGGGGUUUACAAGAAAACCACCCAAAUUUGAGAGAUUUAUUCGACCAAUGGGUCUGAGAUUUAACAAAGCACAUGUAACACAUCCAGAACUUAAAGCCACAUUUUGUCUUCCCAUCAUCGGUGUGAAGAAAAAUCCCACGUCAACCAUGUAUACAAGCUUAGGAGUCAUUACAAAAGGAACCAUCAUAGAGGUUAAUAUUAGUGAAUUAGGUCUUGUUACGCAAGCUGGUAAAGUAAUUUGGGGUAAAUAUGCUCAGGUGACAAACAAUCCAGAAAAUGAUGGAUGCAUCAAUGCUGUACUACUGGUGUAAAAAAGAAAGUUAAUAAAAAUCUCGGCAGUCAGUCAA